AUGCAUCAGUCUCAAGCGAGAAAAGAUGACUGUCAUCUUUAUACGAGACAAGUUCAGUUUCGUGCCCUGUAUCUUGUUAAGGGGCUAACGUUAGUAAAUCAGCCGAAAAGUGCAAAACGUCCAUCUACAAUUGAUAAUAUUCAAUUUGAUUCUCCUCAAAUCACCUUAAAUAAGAAUAAAACAAUUUUCUGUUGUAAAUUAUUUGAACAAUCUUCAACAUUUUCUUGUUUAUAUGCUCGAUUUCGUGAUUCCUCAUUGGAAUGUGAAUAUCAAUAUUCUUAUUUAAGACAAACUCAACGUCACACUUAUCUACUCUACAUUAUCUAUUUAAUUUUACAUAAUUUACUAUGGUCAUUGUACUUAGUAAUUCGGGAACAUCGUUCUCACAACUAUACAUGGCUAUAUUUAUUAGGAUUAUUUCUUGGUAAUAUAUUAUCGUGUAUUAUUGCAUAUUUAAUCUAUUGCAAAUAUCGAAAACAUGUUACAUUUUCUCAAAUUUAUCUCACUCUACUUAGUCUAUGUUCAAUAUCAUUUUUUUUGAUAUUAACAUUUUCAAUUACAUUUCAUUAUUCUCAUUCAACAUUUACACAUAUUACCAAAUUUACAUAUACAUAUACAAUUAUUAUAUUAAUUUAUACAUUAUCAUGCAUUCCACUUUAUUUGUGUUUACCCAUCAAUUUAACAAUUACUCUACUAUUUGAAUUAUUCAAUUAUCAUUAUUAUCAAACUCAAAUAGUAGGCAGAUUGUUACUUCAUAUAUGUGUACAUAUGACAGGAAUCUAUUUAAAUAUUAUAUUGGAAGCACAAAACAGAAAUUCGUUUUUCAAAUUAUGUCAAAAUCGAGAUAUUCGUUCAUAUUUAUUAAAUGAACAUCAAUUAAUUUCAAAGAUGAUUGAUUCUUUGAUGCCACGAAAAUAUGCUCGUGAAAUUCAAACAGAUUUUGAUUAUUUUCGAAAACGAAUUCAAAACAUAAAAUCCAGUUCAUCUCAGUCUUUACCUCCUCUUCCUCCGCCUCAAUCUCAACAACAAGAUGGAGAAAAACAUGCUUUACCAUUAAUGAAUCAACCAGAAACAGACACACAAAACGAUCCAUCAGUACAAAUUUUUCGCCCUUUACAUAUUGAACGAAUGGAAAAUGUAUCGAUUUUAUUUGCUGAUAUUGUCGGUUUCACAAAUAUGUCAUCGAAUAAAACUGCUGAUGAAUUAGUGAAAUUAUUAGCCGAUUUGUAUGGAAGAUUUGAUGAAUUAUGUGUAAGAAUGAAAUGUGAAAAAAUAGCGACUUUAGGCGAUUGUUAUUAUUGUGUGUGUGGAUGUCCUGAGCCACGUUCAGAUCAUGCUCAAUGUUGUGUUGAAAUGGGAUUAUCAAUGAUAAAUGCUAUUGAGGAAUUUGAUCAAGAUAAUAAUGAAAGUGUUAAUAUGCGUGUAGGAGUACAUUCAGGAUCCGUAAAUUGUGGAAUUAUUGGAACAAUUAAGUUUAAAUUUGAUAUAUUUUCAAAUGAUGUUACGUUAGCAAAUAAAAUGGAAUCAAGUGGAAAGCCAGAACCGUUGCCGACGCCUCCUCCGAUACCUACAUAUUUUAUUAAAAAACGUCAAUUACUGUAUCGAAUAACGCGUAAACCGCCACCAAUGACUGUGGCAACCGCUGCGGCCGUUGCGGUUGCAACAGGUGUAUCAAUUACCGUUCCAUUAAAUGAAGCUGCUACAGAAGCUGCCGCUAUUGCUAAUCAAGAACAAAUUUAUAAUGAACAAAUAAAUGUAACAAGUCCAUUACUUGAAGAAUUCAAUCGUGUACGCGUAAAUACGUUGGUUGAAGGUGAUGCUGCACCCACAUCACUCAUGAUUCCAUUGGAUCCUACUACGACUGUAUCCGAUUCAACAAUGUUAACAUUGCAUCCUCCUCGUGGUAAUACUGUAUCUACAACGGGUGGUGAAUCAAGUGUUUCAACAACGGCAUUUGAUGAAAAUCGUGAACGUGAAUUACUUCAAUCACUUCAAAUUCCAAUGUCAUAUGUUACUCUUUGUUUUAACGAUCAAAAACUUGAAUCUGAUUAUCAGCGUUCAAUUGUCUAUCAUCAUUCGUUAACAGCACCUGUUAAUGAUCAACAUCAUGAGCCCCCACUCGCAUUUUCAAAUCCUUUAUUAAAUUUUUUUUUCGAUUCUUUAAUAUCAUUUAUUCUUUUUCUACUGAUAUUUAUUUAUUCGAUAAUAUUAAUCAUGCCUACUGUAACUAAAUUGUGGCUUAUAUUAUCUUUAAUACUUUUAUCUAUUGAAUUUGUUUGUGUACUUGGAAUCGGUUACUUAUGUAUUACUAAAUAUCAAUUUACCCGGUUAAAAGAAAGAGAAAAACAAACAUUUCUUUAUCGAUCAUUUUUCAUUCGACAUUUUAUUGUUACACUUUAUCUACUAUUUCCACUUAUUCUUAUAUUUCUAUUACCUAAAUCGAAUAUAUUGACAACAUAUUUAUUUAUAACUUUAACAAUCCAUUUUGGAAUGUAUUCAAUGAUUAAUCAUCUAUAUAAACUUAUUCUUUCAUUUAUAGUUAUUAUUACAUACGCUAUUAUGUGUCAUAAUCACACAUAUACGCAAAGUAAUAAGCAGUCUUUUCAAUUAUUAAAUACUACAAUUACCACAAAUACACCUACAUUCAUUAACAUCAAUUAUGAAUUAUGUCUUCAUCUUCUAUUAGCUUUUAUAUUAGUGAAUAUGAUUAGUCGACAUUUAGAAUUAAAACAUCGUCAAUUAUACUAUAUUGAAUAUAAAUCGAGUGAACAACAACUUGAAAUUAUUAAAGAACGUGAAAGAGCUGAUUGGUUAUUAAGAAAUAUUUUACCAGAGCAUGUUAUUAAACCAUUGACAAUUUAUAAGUCAUAUUCAAAAAAUCAUGAAUGUGUUGGUGUAUUAUUUGCUACAUUAAUGAAUUUUCAUAAUAUGUAUGAAGAACAAUAUGAAGGUGGUAAAUUUUAUUCACGAGUAUUAAAUGAAUUCUAUGGUGAUAUUGAAGAAUUACUUUUAAAUAAAAAAUUUGAAAAAAUUGAAAAAAUUAAAACAAUUGGUCCAACAUAUAUGGCUGCUAGUGGACUACAAGGUGAAUCUAUUGACAGGUUAGAACCGAUAUAUAAUUUAUUAGAUUUUGCUCUUCAAUUUCAACAGACAAUGGAAAAAUUCAAUGAAUCUCUUCUUAAUUUUAAAUUUGAGUUAAGAAUUGGAUUUAAUUAUGGACCGGUUACUGCCGGCGUUAUUGGUACAACAAAAUUAUUUUACGAUAUUUGGGGUGAUACGGUGAAUGUUGCGUCAAGGAUGGAUUCAACUGGAGAAAAAAAUUCUAUUCAAGUUCCUGAAAAUGUUAAAGACAAAUUGAAUGAGCGAUAUAUAUUUGAGCCGAGAGGAGAAAUUGAUGUAAAAGGCAAAAAUAAAAUGACUACAUAUUUUGUAACCGGACGAAAAUAG